UUGGAAAUUCCAGACCGCUUAUUGGGAUCCAUCUUGCAUUGUGCUGUUUUCUGUUUCAUGCAGUUUUCCUUCUAGAGCCUCGAACUUCAAUUUGAAUAAAACACUUUGGAAAUUAUAUCUUCAUUAAUUGUGUUUCCUGUCUAGCACAAGGUUGUUCUCACACUCUUCAUGACUCAUCAAGACAUGCCAUUAUCACCAAUACAGGUUCGCCAAGGACGGAUGUUGGUCGACGAUGGCGGGUACUGAGAACAUGCGAUGGCCGCAGCCCCGCUCCCCAGAACAGCUGCGUGCGUUCUAUUCGAUUGCACUUCAAUCCGACGACAAUGACUCCAAAGUAUCGGCGGAAUACCAUGAGUCACGAAGCGUUGCAUCAAGCACUUGGUCUUCAUCGGGCAGCGUUCGAGCUCACGCAAGUCGCUCUACUUCGAUAUUCAGUGGUCAGGCUCGCACUGGAAGUUCAGCUACGUCUGUCAGUGACAGCAGAACUAUUGUCGCGUUGGCACCAAAGACGACUUACGAAGAUACAACUGGCUUGUUGAGGUUACAUGAGUGGCAGUGUUCCCACGCACCAAAUUUCGAAUCGGAUGCAAAUGAAACCAGUUUCGUCGCGGAAGGAAUCGAUACCGAUGUUUCUUACCAAUCGGAGAAGAAUGAAGAUGAGCCAGUAGGAUAUAAGUGGCGAGGUGGAAGAAGUCUGCCUCGUCUUCAUCGUUGUCAAGUCCAAGAUGAGACCAGCAAACAUGAUGCGGGGUCUGACCCAGUCAUUCCGGUCUCUACACAGCCAGAACCAGCGGAGAAGUUCUGGUUGGACACUCUUCAAGAACACCCAUACUGCAACCUCGAUACCAAACGGAAACUUGGCCGCGUUGGCAUGUGGGCCGUGAAGCGACGACGUCGAGACUUGAAGCUUGGUAUUUCCAGUACGAAAGGAAAAGCAGACGUCGAAAGCGACACGAAGCUUGCUAAGGACAAACUUCUGGAAGAUUCAAACUCGAGUCUGGACUCUGAUGAUGAAACUGUUCACAUCGUCGAUGAUGUUGUUGAAGAAGUUGCGUCGCUUAUGGGCUCAUCGAACAGCAGGUUGAGGAGAUCAUAUUCCAGACUCAGCAAACCAGGAAGCGCAGACCGGACGCUUUUGCUGAACCUUGGCGUGGAUCCCAGCCUGAGAAGCUCUUUCGACUCUGCCUACGUUGACAACCCAUCAAUUCUGUCUUCGUCGACGAGUAUAGGCACUUUGGAGUUAUCAACCUGUGCAGACCUGAGAGAUAUGGAAGAAGAUGGUCUUGCUACGCAUGCUCCUCGAGUAACAGGCAAUCAUCAGCAUGUGAACUCAACGUUGUACUGUUGUCUCUUCUGCUUAAAAGUUUUUGGAUCUCAAGAGGUGUGGGAGGAACACGAACGCUCACAGCAUGUUGCCAUGCAAAAAGACUGGAUCUGUAUGCCUUGGGGUCCCAUUGAGAGAAAUGAAGAUGGACAUGAAGUGUGUGUAUUCUGUGGUCUUGUUGAUCCCGACUCAUCACAUUGCUCUGAGCAUAAUGAUGAACCUUGUUGUCAUACAUCUGUUUCUCGCCGAACAUUUGAUUGCAAGGCAGACUUCCAAGAGCAUCUCGAAGAUGUUCACGACCAAUUUAUCAUAUCGGAUUGCAUGCGGAAAUGGUCAUUUGCUGCAGAAGAUAUUGAUUGGUACUGGCAGUGCGGCUUUUGUGACCGGUCACUGGUCGGAUGGGAGGACCGAUCGAGACAUAUUGGACGUCACUUCAAGGAAGGACUUUCGAUGGGCUCUUGGGAUCCAGUUGUACCAUCAUGUCCAGUUGAUAGAGGCACUGGGAUCGUUGUUAGCUGGUCACCACCAAUUCAAAUGGAUCGAAGGACGUUGUUAACUGUACAGUCAGAGUCCAUUUCCAGGUAAGCCCACUAUGAUCGCUGAGCACAUGAUUUGAUCUCUAACUCCGUUAUUUUAGCCUUACUCUUGGCGACGGAUCAACUUGUAAAUACUGUACAGCGAAGUUUCUUGAUGAAGAAGAUAUGGUGCGGCACGAGAAGCUCUGGCAUUUACCCCGCGAUUCUUGGCGCUGCCCCACCAAGAACGAUAUCAGAACAGCAACACAUCUUCAGAAUGGUCCACUCGCUGCAUUUCUCUUUCCUAACGCCACGCCAUCUUCUCUCUCAACUGAAGAUG